AAACAUAUUUUUGGACUCAUUAAUUACAGUGACAAUAAUUAAUUAGUAAUCAGAGUAUCGAAAGGUUUUAAUGAAUUUCUAAAUAUAAAUAGCGUUGAUUAUUUUUUGUGAUCAGUAUUCUCCUGUUAAAUAUUUUUAUUAUAUUUAUUUAGUUAUCUAAUUAAACUAACUUUUAAAGGUUUCAAUUAUGUCUUUUGUAAAAUGCUGUUUCGAGGCUGGAGAAGGACAUGAUUUUUUGGAUUCCUUCGUUCAAAAAUGUACAGAUCCUGGAUGUUGCUGUGGCUGUUGUUCAGCUCUGCGGCCGCGAUACAAGCGGCUUGUGGAUAACAUAUUCCCCGCGUCACCACAAGAUGGCCUCGUCAAGUCCAAUAUGGAGAAGCUCACGUUCUACUCGCUCUCUAGUCCGGAGAAACUCGACAGGAUUGGAGAAUAUCUGUUCCAGAAAGCCUCCAGAGAUAUAUACAGGCGGAGACAUGGGUUCGUGAUAAUAGCCAUGGAAGCGAUGGACCAGCUGAUGCUGGCGUGUCACGCGCAAUCCCUGAACCUGUUCGUGGAGUCGUUCCUCAAGAUGGUGCAGAAACUCCUCGAGUCCACCGACCCUCAGCUGCAGAUACUGGCCACGCAGAGCUUCGUUCGUUUCGCGAACAUCGAGGAGGACACGCCGUCGUACCACCGGCGGUACGACUUCUUCGUGUCCAAGUUUUCGGCGAUGUGCCACAGCAACCACGGGGACGCCUCCGCCAGGGACAAGAUACGGCUCGCGGGCAUACAAGGGCUGCAGGGUGUGAUAAGGAAGACUGUCUCCGAUGACCUGGUGGAGAAUAUUUGGGACACGCAACAUAUGGACAAGAUUGUACCCUCUCUGCUAUAUAAUAUGCAGACGGCGGAGAAGUACGAGACGGUUUCGAUCCUGGAGACGGAGACGCGCGACGGAGCGGAGGAGGAGCCGGCGCGGCUCGCGGAGGCCUGUCUCAGGGAACUCAUCGGACGCGCCUCCUUCGGACACAUCCGCAGCGUGCUGCGGCCCGUGCUCACCCAUUUCGACCGACACGAAUUGUGGGUGCCGAACGACUUUGCAGUACACACUUUCAAGAUCAUUAUGUUCUCAAUUCAGGCGCAGUACUCGUACAGCGUGGUGGAGGCGCUGAUGCAGCACCUGGACGCGGCCGGGGCGCCCGCCGCAGACGCACGCGCCCGCACCAGGGUACGGGCCGCGCGCGCAGCAGUGCUCAGCAACAUCGUCGCCAUCGCGGCCGGCGACAGCGUCGGUCCGUCUGUGUUGGAGAUUAUCAACAACCUACUAACAAAUCUACGGACGUCAGUUGCCAGAGAUUCAGAGAAAGAAACUGAUGAGAAGUUGUACCAAGAAGCGUUGAUCAACGCCCUGGGAGAGUUCUCGGACCACCUGCCUGAUUUCCAGAAGAUAGACAUCAUGAUGUUCAUAGUGAAUAAGGUGCCGAGUAUACAGCGGGGAGCCAAGAGCACCAAGGCGGAUGCCAUGCUGCAGAGUAUACUGCUGAAGUCGCUGCUCAAGGUGGGCUCGACGUACCGCACGACGGAGCUGAGCCGCGCGUUCCCGGCCGCGUUCCUGGACGCGCUGCUGCGGCUCUCCAGGGCCGAGCCGGCCGCGCGCGGCCUGCUGCAGCGCCUGCUGCACACGCUGCUCGACCGCCGCCGCAACGCAGCGCUGCUGCACACGCCCACCGUGGACUACGCAGAGCUCGGUCUCACUGUGGAGAAGUGUUCACGACAAGAUUUAAUAUUCAUCAGCAAACAUGGCUACGCUAUAUUCAGCUCGCUGUACGAAGGUUUGCAGCUGGAAUCGAACACGUUAGAAAAUAUCGAAGCUAUAUACACGACUCUUGCGCUGCUGUGCAUUGAGGUCGGCUCGGAAGAGACCGUAUGUGAUAUAAUGCAACUCAUUUUGGCCAUCCAGCAGUCGUCGAUAUCGAACCCGGUGCUGACGGUGGCGCAGAAGUGCCAGCUGCAGGUCGUGGCCAUCUCUCUGGCUGCGUUGCUUCCGCACGUGUUACCCCUGCCUCUCGCACGUCUCCAAGAUUACAUCGAUAAGAUAAUCUGGUCUCGCCGUGAGGAGGCGCCGCACCUGCUGCCCCCGCUGCGCGCCGAGUACCCGCAGCUGGGCCCCGCCGCGCUGCCCGACAAGCUGCCCUACCUCAUGAUGGACCAGAUGGCGGUGGCGGAGUGCGUGGCGGCGAGCGGCGUGGAGGCGGGGCGGCUGCAGGCCGCGUCACCGUACGACGCCGGCGCCGCGCUCGCCGCGCACCGGCACAGCUGGCUCGACACAGGAGCAGUCCAGGGCCGCGACAGUCUGGCGGAGAUCGCAGCUGGAUCGGUGGCAGCUUCCGGCCCGCCGGAGUUGGACAGCGCGCACAGCUCGCCGGGCGCGCAGCGGCACGCGACGCAGGCGGAGAGCGUCAGCCUGGAGGCGCUGCGGCGCGCCGCCGGCGGACCCAGCGACGCCGAGCGGCGCGAGCUGCAGCGGCGCCGCGCCACGCUCAACAACGCCUUCCGCACCGCGCCCUUCACGCACCUCGUCGCCCUCACGCAGCCCAAGUAUGAAAUACAAGAGAAAUUGGAAGAAAUCUUCAACAGUAUAUCUGAGGAGCCGCUGCUGCCAAUGUCUGGUUCCUGCUCCCCCGCCGGCAACACCAAGUCCUAUCAGCAGAACGUGCCGCCCUACACCAAGUAUUUCCCAGAGCUGUUCCUCUAUUAGAUGGACGCAAGAAAGAAAAACAAUCUGUGAAUGGGAUAUUAUUAUUGUUAUACAUUUGUUAUUAAUUCUAAGCUAUUUUAAUAAUGCUUCCGUUGUAAUAAACAUUGCUCAUGCUUACGUAAGGGUAUAACGGUGGACAUAAACCAUUCAAAAUAUAGCACGCUGAUACAGAACAGUAUUAUCUGCCUUUACACGUACUCUCAUUCACGAGCGAAUCGUCUUUCACGCAGGAUAGAAUGUUAAUGUAAAUGUAGACAAAGAGAAC